GCUCCCAUUCCGAAGCCAUGUGAACAUCAAGAGACCAAAUGAGAAGAAGUGCUUGACACAUUGAUCUCUGACAUGAGCACUGCCCUUGGUCGCCACGAAACAAUUAUAGUGUCCGCCCAUGAUUGUCGAUUGUUGUUCCCAUCGGGUAACGAUCAAUCAGAUCUUGACGUCGUACCCUCAGAGGUAGCUUGUUCGGCCGGAGAUCUGGGGACAUCGAGGAAGGUAGAAAAAUAACCCUAGGGAGAUGCUAGAGAGAAGAUUUGCUCGAAGAACUGCUUC